UUGAACAACUUGGAGCAUCGCGUUUCAGACACAAUCAAUCCCCACGCGCGCACUGUCCCAAACGAAGAAACAGAGCAAACCCAAAAAUGGUUCCGACAAAGCUCGAUCUGAGUGUGAUCCCAUGUUUAGCUUCUGACCAUGUUUGAUUUUGAUACAACUACUCAACAACAACAACAACAACAACGGUGUCACAUUAUUGGUAGCAUCAGAAGCAGUAGCAGUAGUGGAUAACAUGAAUAGCAGUGGUGGCAGUAGUAGCGGAACGAUGAUGAUGGGUUUCAGCAAUAGCAGCAGUUAUAAUAGGUCACCUUUCACUGUCUCUCAGUGGCAGGAACUGGAGCAUCAAGCUUUGAUUUUCAAGUACAUGGUUGCUGGUCUUCCUGUUCCUCCUGAUCUUGUCCUUCCCAUUCAGAAGAGCUUUGACUCCAUCUCACACACCUUCUUCCAACACCCUUCAUUGAGUUAUUGCUCCUUCUAUGGGAAGAAGGUGGACCCAGAGCCAGGAAGAUGCAGGAGGACUGAUGGAAAAAAGUGGAGGUGCUCCAAGGAAGCGUACCCGGACUCCAAGUACUGUGAGCGCCACAUGCACCGUGGCCGAAACCGUUCAAGAAAGCCUGUGGAAUCUCAAACUAUGACACAAUCACCAUCAGCCGUGACAUCACUGACUGUCACUGGUGGCAAUAGCAGAACUGGAAUUUUCCAGAACCUUCCCACAGAUGCCUUUCGUAAUCUCCAAGGUACUGGUUCUGGAACCGACCGAGCCGAUUAUCAUCUAGAUUCCAUUCCCUAUGGGAUUCCAAGUAAAGAAUACAGGUAUCUUCAAGGGCUAAAAUCUGAUGGUGGUGAACGUAGCCUCUUUUCCGAAGCUUCAGGAAGCAGUAAGGUUCUCCAAAUGGAGUCACAGCUGGAAAAUGCAUGGCCUUUGAUGUCAACCAGAGUUGCGUCUUUCUCUACAUCAAAAUCAAGCAAUAACUCCAUGUUGCAGAGUUACUAUCCCCAGCAUUCAUUUCUAUCCAGCGAAUAUCCGUCCGGGGAAGCUGUGAAGGAGGAGGGCCAGCCGCUUCGCCCUUUCUUCAAUGAAUGGCCUAAAAGCAGGGAGUCAUGGUCUGGUCUGGAAGAUGAGAGAUCCAACCAAACAGCCUUCUCCACAACUCAACUCUCAAUGUCCAUUCCCAUGUCAUCUUCUGACUUCUCUGCAACCAGCUCUCAAUCCCCACAUGAUAACUAAGAGCUUUCCUUCAGGGUUUUCCAUGCAAAGUGGUGGAAGGACCAACAGGUGUAGUACUAGUUGGAUAUGUGUGGUCCAAAUAAGUCCUUUGUUCAUGUAUUUUUAUUUUUAUUUUUUAUUCAAGCUGAGCUGUGCACAACUUCAUGUAACCUCAGCUGUUUGUUAUAUGCAAGACCAACUGCUACCCAUCUAGUGUGUGGGUAUUUGUAGAACCCCCAGAACAUUUUUCCUUUUAUAUUCAAUGAACAAACAUAAACAUUUCCUCCUGAUUCAA